UUAUUUUUUAUAGUCUUGAAUUUAACAUUAAUUGAUUUACCUGGACUUACAAAAAUACCAAUCGGAGAUCAGCCAGCAGAUAUAGAGGCUCAAAUUAAAGGCAUGAUAUUUCAGUUUAUCAAACGUGAAAAUUGUCUUAUAUUGGCAGUUACCCCAGCCAACACUGAUUUGGCUAACAGCGAUGCUCUUAGACUCACUAAGGAGGUGGAUCCACAAGGUGUACGUACAAUUGGUGUCAUUACUAAGUUGGAUCUCAUGGACGAUGAUACUGAUGCAAGAGAUAUUUUGGAAAAUAAAUUAUUACUGUUGAGAAGAGGUUACAUUGGUGUAGUCAAUAGAAGUCAGAAAGAUAUAGAAGGACGAAAGGAUAUAAAAAAUGCUCUAGCUGCUGAGCGAAAGUUCUUCCUCAGUCAUCCGUCUUAUCGUCAUCUAGCAGACAGGUUGGGUACGCCAUAUUUGCAGAAAGUUUUGAAUCAGCAGUUAACAAACCAUAUCAGGGAUACCUUGCCAGCUCUAAGAGAUAGAUUACAAAAGCAGCUGUUAACUUUAGAGAAGGAUGUCAAGCAGUAUAAACAUUUCAGACCUGAUGAUCCUACAAUCAAAACAAAGGCUAUGUUACAGAUGAUACAACAACUUCGGUCAGAUUUUGAGAGAACUAUAGAAGGCUCAGGUUCAGCACAAAUUAAUACUAAUGAACUCAGUGGUGGCGCGAAAAUUAACAAACUUUUCCACAAGCGUCUCCCGUUUGAAAUUGUUAAAAUGGAAUUUGAUGAGAAAGAAUUAAGGAGAGAAAUUGCUUUUGCCAUCAGAAAUAUACAUGGUAUCAGGGUAGGAUUAUUCACCCCACAUAUGGCUUUCGAGCCAAUAGUCAAAAAGCAAAUAAAUAGACUUAAAGAACCAAGUCUCAAAUGUGUAGAUUUAGUUGUGCAAGAACUUAACAAUGUUGUACGCAUUUGUACAGAUAGGAUGUCGCAUUAUCCUAGACUAAGGGAAGAGACAGAACGUAUCAUAACGACGCACGUUAAGCAGCGCGAACAAAUGUGUAAAGAGAAGUUGAUUUUGUUGGUCGAUUGUGAGCUCGCAUACACUAAUCAUGAAGAUUUUAUCGGUUUUGCAAAUGCACAGCAAUCGUUGGAAAAUUCUAUUAAAUCUGGACAGUAUACAUUAGGCAACCAAGUAAUUCGCAAAGGCUACUUGUGCAUACAUAAUCUCGGUAUUAUGAAGAGCGGGUCGAGGGAUUACUGGUUUGUUUUAACAUCAGAGAGUAUCUUCUGGUUUAAAGAUGAAGAAGAACGUGAAAAGAAGUACAUGCUGCCUUUGGAUGGAUUGAAGCUGCGUGAUCUAGAACAAGGUUUUAUGUCGCGACGUCAUUUAUUGGCAUUAUUCAAUCCGGAAGGGAGGAACGUAUAUAAGGAUUACAAGCAACUAGAGUUAAGUUGCGAAACUCAAGAUGAUAUUGAUUCUUGGAAGGCCUCUUUCUCGAGGGCUGGCGUGUAUCCUGAAAAAUCGACAGAACAAGCGAAUGACGAAAGAGAGGGUGAAAUAGAGAGUCAAUUAUCAAUGGAUCCCCAAUUUGAACGUCAAGUGAAAACUAUCAGGAAUUUAGUAGAUUCUUACAUGAAGAUUGUUAUGAAAACUAUCCGUGAUUUGGUUCCAAAGACAAUUAUGCACCUUAUUAUUAAUAAUACUAAGGACUUUAUUAAUGAGGAAUUGUUGGCACAUCUUUAUGCGAGUGGUGAUCAGUCUUCCAUGAUGGAAGAAUCCCCUGAAGAGGCGCAAAAACGGGAAGAGAUGUUACGCAUGUAUCAAGCAUGCAAAGCGGUCCUUCGUAUCAUCGGAGAUGUCUCUAUGGCCACUGUUUCAACUCCGAUAUCAUUACCCGUAAAGAACGAUUGGUUGGCAUGCGGUGAGAAUCCAAGAUUAUCGCCACCAUCCCCUGGUGAUCUAAGAUGCAGAGUGACACAGCUUCUUUCUAGCUCACGAAUACCACCACCAGUACCUGCAGACGGUCGAUCAGCACCAGCCAUUCCUAAUAGACCUCCGAGUGAACCAUCACCAACUCGAGCUAAUCCUGGUCUACCUCCAUCUAUGAUACCAUCGUGA